AUGAACGGAAUAUUGGCAAUUGAAAAGCCUUCAGGCAUCGCAUCAACGAAGUUUUUAGACAAGCUCCAGAACGUGUUAACAUUUCUGGAAGUGUUUGAGAAUGAUUUAAAAGCAAUGAAAGAUCUUAAAAAGAAGCAAUUAAUGACAGAUACGAAAUGGAGUCAACAGAAAAUAGAUACAAGGGUUAAAAAUUUGAAAAUCAAAAUGGGGCAUGGUGGUACAUUGGACCCUUUAGCUUCUGGGAUAUUAAUUGUAGGAAUCGGAUCUGGAACUAAAAAAUUGCAACACUAUCUUACUGGUUGCAAUAAGACUUACGAAACCAAAGCACUUUUGGGUAUUUCGACAACGACUGGAGAUUCGGAAGGUGAAAUAUUAACUAAAAAUUCUGUAGAUCAUAUUACCAAAGAUCAAAUCGAAGAGACAGUUGAAAAAUUUGUAGGUGACAUAAAGCAAACACCUCCGAUCUUUUCUGCCUUGAAAAUGAAUGGAAAACCAUUGUAUGAUUAUGCUAGAGAAGGUAAACCAUUACCAAGGGCUAUAAAGGCUAGGGAUGUCAAAGUUUAUGAUAUAAAGGUGUUCCUGGAAGAUUCCCUUUCAUUGGAACAUGGAUUUGAGAAAUUAGUAAGUCAGCUAGACGAUAAUGGCAAGCCAAAGGAACAUCAGUUGGCGAACAAUCCUACUUUAAAUGAUUCUCCAUUGUUUUUCAGUAGCCAGUAUCUUGAAAAGAUCGGUUUAUCCCAAGAGGAAGUCCCAAAAAUUGAUACUCACAUAUUCAGCUCCGAAGAUUCAGCAGAUCCACUUCCUCCAAUAUUACCCUUACUUCAUUUAACUGCAGAUGUUUCGUCUGGGACCUAUAUCAGAUCAUUGGUAAGUGAUUUUGGCAGAGCCCUUGGAUCUUCAGCUUAUAUGGUGGAGCUUAUUAGAGUGAAGCAAUCCAAUUGGGAAUUGGGUAAGAAUGUGUUCAAAAUGGAAGACUUUACUGAAAGAGAUCCAAGGAUUUGGGGCCCUAUAUUAAUGAAAGUAUUUAAAGAUGGAGAUAGUGUCAAUUUAGAAGAAGAGUUUAGGAAUUUCACUGAGAAGCUAGGACCCCUUUUUGAAAAGGAAGCUGAAGGAAAGGAGGAAACUGCGGAAGACGAUAAAAAGGGCCAGGAAGAAGGAGAAGCCGUAGCGACCGCAGUUCCGCUGAAAAGAAGUAUAGAAGAUGUAGAAUAA